AUCUAUACAUUAUCAUAUGAUUUAUGUAAGUUAAUAAAUACAUAUGAAAGUAGUUACUUUGUAUUAUCGUAAAUUUCCAAAAAUAUAUAGCUUUCGAAUUCUAUAUUCUUGAGCAUCUUCAUAUUUGUCACUGUUACUAAUGAUAUAUCCAUUUCUCAGUAUCGAAUACUAGAGUACUGUAUAAUACAGUUUAGUACAGUUGUACAUACUACUAUACGACUUGUGAUACAGUCUGCUACUGAAUACAGUUAUAGAGAUAUAUCGUGUGAUCGAGUGUAAAGAUAUAGUACGUGAGGGAACUGAAAAAACGGUUCAUCAACCCGUAUAGAAAGGUGCACGUGGUAAAAUUCAUCAUUUAUAGUUGAAUUAAUUCAUAUUUGUUUGACCGAAGCAAUGGCUUUAAAAGCACAGAAGAAAACCUUAGCAGACAAAGUGAAUUCAUUAGUUACUACAACACCAGCAACUUUUAAUUCGGACGAUGAAGCGGAAGACACGAAAGCAAAAUUAGUUGAUCGUUAUGAUGAAAGUGAUAAUUCAGAUAGUAAUUUCCAAAUUUCGGAGAUACGUAAACGAAAUGUGGAUCUCUUGGAUCAAGUGGACGAAAGGUAUAAAGGUAAAAAAGUUUCAAGAAAAGAUAUAUAUGAGGAUGAUGAUGAUGAAGAUCAAAGCACAUCAGAAAGUGAAGAUGAAGAAAUGAAUAGUAUGGAGGGAGAAAGUGAUGAUAUCAACAACAGUAAUAACGAAGAAGAUAUAGAAGAUGAUGAUAGCAAUAUGGAGGAUAAUGAAAAUGAUGAUUCGAAUGAGGAAAUGAGUUAUGAUAGUAAAAUGAAUUUAGAAAAUGAUUCUGAAAAUGAAGAUAGUAAGGAUAUUCUUUUUACAAAACAGGGGACAGAUAUCAAGACAAUAUCACAGAUAAAUAUAAGAGCAGAUAUAGAAAAAGGUAGUUGUGUUAGAAAUCAAUUAAAGCUUUGGGAAAAUUUGUUAGAAAUAAGAAUAAAAUUACAAAAAUGUUUAAUUACGAGUAAUCAAAUGCCUCAGCAUGAUGUUUAUCAAAAUUUUAAAAUGGAUGCAGAAUACACAAAAACAGCUAAUGAAGUAAAAAAUAAGUUGAAAAUAUUAUUGAAUAAUAUGUUACAGUUACAAACUUUCUUUUUAAAACAGUACCCUGAAACAAAAAAUUUAUCUAUGUCUAAUAAAAAAAGGAAAGCUGAAGAAAGCACAGAUGAAAUAGCAAAUACAGAAGAUCCAAUGGAUGAAGAAAUUCUUUCGGAUACAGAGAAUGAAAAUGAAGAUGAAGAUACAAUUUCAGACAAAUAUAAAGAAAACUUUAACAAGAAUGUAUUUAGCAAAAAAUUGAAACUUAAAGACUAUGAAAAGAUAUUAAAUGAUAAUCACAAAUCAUAUAUAGAAUAUAGAAAUUCUGUUGUACAAAAAUGGAAUGAAAAAACAAGGAUAACUAGUGGUAAAUUAAAUAAAGGUAUGAGUGAAACAACUCUGAAACAAAUUGAAUUCGCUCUAAAUGAUAAGGAAAAGUUGCUUAAAAAAAGUCGAUUGAAACGUUCAGAAUAUAAAAUUGUUGGUAAGGAACAAGUAACAGAAGAUAGUGAUGGUAGAAGAAUUCAAGACCAUGAUUCUGAAAUUUACGAUGAUGAUGACUUCUAUCAUCAACUUUUAAGAGAUUUAAUUGAAUAUAAAUCAUCUGAUAUCACUGAUCCUAUACAACUUAGUAAACAAUGGAUAAAAUUACAGAAUAUGAGGCGAAAAAUGAAAAGAAAAAUAGAUACAAGAGCUACUAAAGGUAGAAGAAUACGUUAUAAUGUACAUAAUAAGUUAGUAAACUUUAUGGCUCCUAUUACAAUAAAUGAUACAUGGACAGAUCAUGCAAAGGAUGAAUUAUAUAGUUCUUUAUUUGGCAGAAUUAAACCACCAAAUGUAGAAAUUGGUCGUUAAGUUUAGGACAAUUAAUAAAAUGUUAAUUUUAUAUAUUUUAAUCAAAAAUAUUUUAUAAGAUUUACAGAAAUUUGAUAAUGAAAUACAGGCAAAAAUAAUUAUAGUUAAUAUUAUGCAAUAAAAUAAAUAAAAA